AUGGCCUCCCAGUCCAGGUCCUGCAGCAAUCAGGGUUCACAAAGGCCUGAAGGGUUGAGUAGCCAGUCGUCAGAUCCCAUGCUGCCUACACAGAGGGUCAGAAUGAUUGUGAGUAGCUGUCCAGGUGUGGAGAAAAUCUCUGAGGAAAGCUUGCACCUCAUAACCAGGGCCACAGAGCUCUUCGUUCAGAGCCUCACCCAGGAGGUGCACAGCCAGGCUGCUGAUGCCUCCAAACUGUGCUAUGAGGAUGUGGCUGGGGCCGUCCACAGCCUGGACCACCUCAAGUUCCUGAGGGAUAUCAUCCCUCAGAAAAUAACAUGGGCUGAGGCACAGAAACUCAUGGAAAACCAUGAGAAUAACUUUGAAGGAUUUUUUUGA